GGCGUGUGCGCAGCCAGAGCCCCGACACCUUCCCGGCGGACACAGGUCCCAUAAAUCCCCCAGCCCGCUGCAGACAGGGCAGCGGUGCCCAGCACCCCGUGGAGAUUCCUCGGGCGGCAGCUCUCGGCUGGCGCAGGGCCGCUGGAGGGGAUGGACUAUUCCUAUGAUGAGGACCUGGACGAGCUCUGUCCGGUCUGCGGGGACAAGGUCUCCGGGUACCACUACGGGCUGCUCACCUGCGAGAGCUGCAAGGGCUUCUUCAAGCGGACGGUGCAGAACAACAAGCACUACACCUGCACCGAGAGCCAGAACUGCAAGAUCGACAAGACCCAGCGCAAGCGCUGCCCCUACUGCCGCUUCCAGAAGUGCCUCACCGUGGGGAUGCGCCUGGAAGGUUCACUGCAGCCUCUGCCCUCUCUCUGCCCCCCAGCCGUGCGUGCUGACCGGAUGCGUGGAGGGAGGAACAAGUUUGGACCCAUGUACAAGCGGGACCGUGCCUUAAAGCAGCAGAAGAAAGCUCUGAUCCGUGCCAAUGGCUUCAAGCUGGAGACCGUGCCUCAGAUCAUGUCCCCAGUGCAGAAUGACUACAGCCUGUCCUCCACCAUCCACAGCAUCCACGCCAUGUCCAAGACCUUGCCACCCAACCCUGCUGCCCUGACGCCCGUCGACUACGAGCGCAGCCCCUAUGGGACGCCCUCCCUGGGAAUGACUGUGCCCAGCCACGCGCCGCUCGCCGGCUACCACUACUCCUCCUUCCCCAACCGUACCAUCAAGUCCGAGUACCCGGACCACUACACAAAUGUGCACGAGUCCGUGCCCGCCUACAUGUACCCAGAGACCUACGCCAGCAGCUCCCCCCCCGACAUCCCUGAGGUCAUCCUGAAGCUGCUGCAGCUGGAGCCCGACGAGGCCCAGGUGAAGGCACGGAUACUGGCCUGUCUGCAGCAAGAGCAAGGCAAAGGUCGGCAUGAGAAGCUCAGCACCUUCGGCCUCAUGUGCAAGAUGGCCGACCAGACCCUCUUCUCCAUCGUGGAGUGGGCACGGAGCUGCAUCUUCUUCAAGGAGCUGGAGGUGGGCGACCAGAUGAAGCUGCUGCAGAACUGCUGGAGCGAGCUGCUGGUGUUUGACCACGUCUACCGUCAGCUGCAGCACGGCAACGAGCACAGCGUGCUGCUUGUCACCGGCCAGGAGGUGGACAUGUCGACUGUUGCUGCCCAGGCCGGCUCCAUCCUGAACACGCUGGUGCUGCGGGCACAGGAGCUCGUCCUGCACUUGCACUCGCUCCAGGUGGACCGUCAGGAGUUCGUCUGCCUCAAGUUCCUCAUCCUCUUCAGCCUCGACGUGAAGUACCUGGAGAACCACACGCUGGCUAAGGACGCUCAGGAGAAGGCCAACGCGGCGCUGCUGGAGUACACCAUCUGCCACUACCCCCACUCCACGGACAAGUUUCGCCAGCUGCUGCUGCGGCUGGCGGAGGUCCGGGCGCUGAGCAUGCAGGCGGAGGAGUACCUCUACCACAAGCACCUGAGCGGGGAGGUGCCCUGCAACAACCUCCUCAUCGAGAUGCUGCAUGCCAAGCGGACUUGAGCGUGGCUGUGAGCACGGACCCGGCGGAACCCCGGCGCUGCCAGCGGCAUGGCAGGGGCAGGACACGCGCCCGGGGCUGGCGGGCCGGCGGUGCCCCUCCACCCCACCUUUCUCAGUGAUGCUAUUUAACCUGUACUAUUGGAAACGGCCCAGAUGGUUUAUUUUAAUACACAGUAAGGACGGUUGAUGGCCACGGGGCCGUGGGCUUGGCUGCCAGACUGCCCCAUCGGCAGCGCUGCCUGCCGGCUCCUCUGCACACCCGGUGCUCGACCUGUCGCCUGCCCGACCCGGCUCUGCGGCACGAAGGAAGGGUAAAGCCUGUCCCGGCUUUUCUCCUAUUUAUGCUCCUCUCCUGCUGCUCCCACCAGCUGUUUCUCCACUGCUGCCAUCCCUCCCCCAACCCUGCCCAUGUCUCAGGGCCCCUCGUGCACAGGGCAGGGGAGAGGUGAGGUGAACCCCGCCGGGUUGAGGUUUUGCGACAGUCGGGGAGUCCCCAGGCACCAGCACGGUGGCAGAGGAUUUCUGCAGGAGCCAAGCAGAAUGCCAGGGCUGGGGCUGGAGACGUUGGCCCCACGCAGCCAUGCUGGGACCCCCAAGGUGCAUGUGCCAGGGUCCCCACUCCUGACUCCCUGCAGCGUUGCUGCCUGCUCUGCGUCCCACCGCUGCCCCGGCCAAGCAAGGGCGGUCAGGGACAGGCAGCGCUGAGCCCUCAGCUGAGAUUCGUUUUCUCCGCCCUCGGCAGUAUGGGAGGCACCAGCUGUGGCUUUGCAGCCUGUGGCAGCCACAGUGCCCGGAGCCCACGGGUGUCUGCAGUCAGGACAUUCUGGGAUGUCAAAGCUUUGCUGCAGAGGCUCUAAAAGAUUUGGUACCAGGAGCAGGGGACUGUCCUUGGGACACUUUGGCCCCAUGGCCCUGCUGCUGUGCCCUCGGUGCCAGCACAACGUCCCUGUGGCUGGAGAGCUUUGCAGGUCACGGUGCCCAGGCAGCAUCGGCACAGCAAACCGAGCUGGUUCCUGAAGCACAAGGACAUGGUGGCCCCAGGAUGGUGUCCUGCCUCACGCCAGCUGUCAGCCGUGUCCAGGCAGUGUCUGGAGAACAGGCAAGGGGAGGAUGGAGCCAGGGACAGACCCUGUCCGCUUCCUGCCUGCAGGCGAUUCUGGCAGAGCGGCCGGGCAGGAGGGAGAUGCAGGGUCCAGCCCCUGCACCCCAGGUGCUGGGGCAGCAGCAGGUCCAGGCUGCAAAGAGCCCAGAGCUGCUCCCAUGCCAGGAUGUGCCCAAGGGCCUGGGAGAGCUGGGGGGCUUUGCAGCCCCCUCCUGCAUUUACCUGCCCAAGUGCAUGGGUAAAGAGUAGUAAGAAUUGUUCCAGCUUCAUGCUGGGCCAAGUUGAGCCCCCAGCCCCCCAUCGCUCUCUGCCGUGUCCCCAGGUGACAGCAAACGCUGUGCCGAAGCCACAAGCAGAGAGCCAUGGGUUCCUCUCCCGUCAUGGGACAGGGGCUCACAAACACAACCAGGCAGCACUGGGGGGCUGCAGCCCCCCAAACUGGGACUUGCCGGAGUCUCACUGCUGCUUUCUCAGCCAUGCUUUCCUCUCCUCACACCCUGCUGCCACUGCCAGGCACCCCAGCACAGCCCCCUCGCCAUGGCCAGCCCCCCCCUCCCCGGCUCCGCUGGGACUCCUCCGGCACGGCUGGGUUGGUUCAGGUUUGUUUUCCACAGUGGGUGUUUGCUCCUCGUUCGGAGGGGGCUGUCAUCCGCCGUGGCUCUGCGCAGAGCCGGUGCCUUGAGGAGCUGCAGACGCUGCGCCCCGAGCCGCGCGGUUUAUGGAAGCUUGUUAGAUGCAGAAGAGCAUGUUUGUCUCUGCUUUUCAACAUGUUUGUGCAUUUUCCUCCUGAAGUCUGUGGUUCAGUUUCACCUUCUUCUUUUUGUGAACUUAAAGAACUGGAGAAAAUGGUUUGGGAGGUAAAAGAUGUUUUAUUUUCAGAAAAUGAAAAGUGUCCUUAAGUGUCUCUCUCUCUCUCUCUCUCUCUCUCUCUCAUCCUUUUCUCCCUCUCAUCCCUCCCCUUCCCCACUCCCCACCCUUCCUUCCCAGGCAGGAGGUUACCAACUUCCUUGUCAGGAGCAAACCACUGUAAUAAAUUUUGCAGUUCAUUUAAAAA